CUCUCCACCACCGGGCACUUAUACUGGAGGACAGACCUGCUAAUCUGCCUGCCAAGCCAGCUGAGGAGGCACAGAAACACAGACAGCAGUAUGAAGAGAUGGUGGCCCAGGCCAAGAAGAGAGAGUUGAAGGAUGCUCAGAAGAGGAAGAAGCAGCUGGAGGAUCGGUGUAAGCUUGAGGAGAGCAUUGGCACAGCUGCCCAGACCUGGAACCAGGAGAUCUUACCUAACUGGAGUACAAUGUGUACAUCUCGACGAGUGAGAGACCUCUGGUGGCAGGGCAUCCCCCCCAGUGUCAGAGGCAAAGUGUGGAGCCUGGCUGUGGGAAACGAGCUCAACAUCACACAUGAGCUGUAUAACAUCUGCCUGGCCCGGGCAAAAGAGAAGUGGAAGACCACACCAGCACCUACCACAGAGACUGAAACUGAAGAUGCUGGUUCUUCAGAUAGGGAGUCGAGCCUGGAGCUGAUCAAGCUGGACAUCUCAAGAACCUUCCCCCAACUGUGUAUCUUCCAGCAGGGCGGGCCCUAUCACGAUGUGCUGCACAGCAUUCUGGGAGCGUACACAUGUUACCGGCCAGACGUUGGCUACGUGCAGGGAAUGUCGUUCAUCGCAGCAGUGCUGAUCCUGAACCUGGACACAGCUGAUGCCUUUAUAGCUUUUGCCAACCUGCUCAACAAGCCCUGUCAGAUGGCCUUCUUCAGAGUUGACCACAGCCUUAUGUUGACCUACUUUGCCGCAUUUGAAGUGUUCUUUGAAGAGAAUCUACCAAAGCUCUUUGCACAUUUCAAGAAAAACAACUUGACCCCUGAUAUUUAUUUAAUCGACUGGAUCUUCACCCUGUACAGUAAGUCGCUGCCGUUGGACCUGGCGUGCCGGGUGUGGGACGUGUUCUGCAGAGACGGCGAGGAGUUCCUGUUCCGCACGGCGCUGGGCCUGCUGCGCCUCUACCAGGACGUCCUGACCUGCAUGGACUUCAUACACAUGGCUCAGUUCCUCACCCGCCUGCCGGACCUCAUCCCCGCCGAGCAGCUCUUCCAGCACAUCGCCGCCGUUCACAUGACCAGCCGCAACAGGAAGUGGGCACAGGUCCUGCAGGCGUUACAGAAAGAUCAGGAGCGAGGCAGCCCGGUGCUGAAGCGCUGAGCUGGGAUCAGAAGAAACCUUCACACACUAAAGGACUCAACCAGCUCCCCUCCAGCCUUUGGGGUUUAAAAAAAAAAACACACUGGACUCUCACCAGGCCAGAUGGACCUGAGAGAGACCUACACUCAGCUUUGGGGACUCAUCUGGUUGUAGCUGCUGUGAUAAACCUCUUCUCCAGUUCCAUGUCACUGCUCUGACACCAGAACCAGGACCCUGGAGGAGAGGGUCUGUCAGCGACGAGGCAGGGGUGUGAAAAGGAACACGAGGCCUUAUUUAACUCCCGGCACCCCUUCUCCGCUCAGAGGCCCAGCAGCGGACUGGAAACUGUGACUGGCAGAGGCUGAAGAAUGUAUCACACACUCCCACAUACACGUAUCUAUCAGACUGAUUCAGGUCUCCACAGACCAGGGGAAACCACAGAGAUACAGUUACUACUCAAAUCCCCCACUUAGUUUGUAAUUCUGCUGUCAGAGCUCUCUCUGGCUGCAGCUCCACUCGUCUUUUUCUUUCUAAAUAUUUUCUGACAAAACAACAGUCUACUCCUCGACCUGUUAGGCCGGGAAAAACUAUUAGACUGGGAAACUCCAGAGUCAGAUCUGUGUGAUAGUUUAAAUGUGUCAGUCUCUUUGUUUCUGCACCUUCUUUUUCCACAGCCUCCGAGCUUGAUUGAUUUGCUUCUCCGCUUUUCGUUCGCUUCUCACUCAGUUCAGAUUUUCUCUCCUGAACCAUUCCCAUGAAGUCAGCUCUUCUAAACACAGAGAGUUUAGUGAAGAGGUUUAAAGCCCUGAAGACGAGUUCGUUGUUACAUGUAAUGAAAUGUUGUAACCCUCUGAACAGAGGUCAUAAGCUGCCUGUAAAAUGAGUUUUACAGUAUAUUUAUGUAAUAACUGGAGUAAGCGAUGAGCUAAUGUGUUACUGUUAGACACACAGGACACAGUUUCAGACAGUUUCCCCCUGCUCUCAAUGUGUUUGAGGUACAUUUCAGCUUGUUAGUGUUUUGAUUCUUAAUGUCUUGACGUGAGUGUUGAUGUCUUUUGUGCAUUUAUUUAAUAUUUAUCAAAAGGAUGAUGCGGCAUAAACAGGACUUGUUCCAGUCACAUGAAGGGUUGUUGCUGAGCCCUCUCCCCAAGUCAACAGUCAGCUAUCGUGGCACGACUGCACCCUGUAGGUUCUGCGGCCCUCAGCACCCAGUCUCUCUCUCACUUUAACGCCUUUAAAAAAAAGACACCAAUCCAAGCAAAGCAAAACGUGUGAGGAGGCUGUUUUAACACGUUCACAGUGGCAUGAAAACAAUCGGCUAGUUCAUCUUCUUCAUCCUGAAUUUCCAGUCACGCAGAUCAUACGCACAUGUCAGUGGUCACCUGAGCCUUCACCGUGUCACCUCCCUUCCUAUCUGUGGCUGUCUGAGGUCGUUGGUGUGUCAAGCUCCCUGACGUAGCAUUCACACUGUGGUUAAAGUGUCAUUCCAUCCUGACCAGCAGGGGCGGGGCCAGCGUCAGGGUUGAAGUUACAUUCCAAGCAUUGUUUUGAUGAGUUAGCCAGCUAGCAGGCAUUACUUGAUAAUCAGAUUUUUAAAGUGAAGUACCAUCUUGCUGUUGAUCCCAUACAGUUUGAUAAAUAUCUUAUAUGUGAUGUUUAUUUCUUUUAAAGCCCAUUUUGCACAUAAAAGUUGAGAAGUGCAGAAAUGUUGCUGGUUGUUGAAGAGCUGAGGUUGGGUUGAGGUUUUCUCUCCAAAGAAACUGCUGAUGGUAUUUCUCAGUGUAACUGUCCUGUUAUUGGUCGUGAAGCUGCUUCAUCUCAUGUGUUGUGCUACUGAUUUUGUGUGUGAUGCAGUUAACUUCUGUUUUGUUUUUGUUUUUGUUUUUUUGCCCUGUCAUAUUGAUGAAAUCUUCCAUUUGGCCUGUGUAUCUGUCGUCCCCACCGAGGUGAGACUGCACUUUCUUAAAUUACCUGGACCACAACUGAAGUAUGAGAAGUGUUCUGGUUUUUAAAAACAGGAAGCGCCUUUCAUUUGUUAAUCGUCAUCUCAGUCGGUUUAUGGCUGCUAACAGACAGUCUGUGUUUGAGUGUGUGUUUCAUCUCUGCAGCGUGCAGCAGGCUCUCUGAUCAUUCUCCUCAAUGCAACCCCCCACCCCCACCCCCACCCCCCUUCUCCUCCUGUGUGGUGACACACCGCAGGACUGCAAUAAAGCUUUUUGCACAUACAUGUAAGCCUUUGAGUUGUGCCUCUCAUCACCAGUUUAUGUCAUCACUCACAGGUUUAAACGGGUUGUGUGUCCAUGUAUGAACUGACCCUCCCAGCUCUACUAACACUACCUUCUGUCUGCCCUUCUAUCACAGAACACACGCUGUAUGACCCACACUGGUCAAAAACCAAACUCAAUCAAACUAAAUUUAAAGAAGAAGUGUAAUAUACUGUUGUGUAAUGAUCUGUUUGAUUUUCUGGAUGUUUUUCAUUUCUUGGGUUCUGUUUGUUUUGCAUUGUCUUUUUUUUUUUUCCCCCUCAAGAGACCCAUGUACUGUAGAGGACUGAUAGACACACAUGGAGACAACAGAGGGUCACCAUGCAACUUUAUCUCACUUGAAAUGUAUAUAAACAAUGGUUUUAUUAAAAUAAAGAGCUGUACAUAUUCAA